AUGCUGGAUUCCAGCAAGUUAGAACUUCAGUCGUGACGCGGACGACACGCGCGAUAGUCGAUAAAUGGGAUAGGGGUGCUGAUAAUUGCUGUGUAAUUGAAUCAUUGGUUCUUCAGUUGUUGCUGUUGUAAUAAUUAUUACUGUUGUUCAAGUUAUUGCUGCUGGUAUUGUUGUUAUUUAUAUUGCUGGUUGGUUAGUUGAUUUUAUUGAAUCGAGGUGAGUUGAUUGUACAAGAACUGGUGGAUGAAGAAGAACAUAAAUGGGCCAUGAGCUACGUGAUAACAAUGUUAUCGAGAAGUGUCUUUAGAUCGUGCCAUCGGCUUGUAAUAGGCGUCGUGCUCGCAACCUUCAUCGUAACUUCGAGCUCCCAACUAGUCGGUGAGUUUCCUGAUUACAGUGAAUGGUUCGAUGAGUAUGCGAAUCCGGAUUUUAAAGAAGCUAUUGUGAAUGUUACGGCUUCUGUGGGGAGAGAAGCUAUAUUAGCAUGUGUUGUGCAAAAUCUUGGUGGUUAUAAGGUCGCAUGGCUACGAGUUGACACUCAGACGAUUCUCACAAUCGCGAAUCAUGUUAUUACCAAAAACCACAGGAUCGGGGUUACCCACAGUGACCAUCGAACCUGGUUCCUGCACAUUCGAGAGGUACGAGAGACUGAUCGUGGUUGGUACAUGUGCCAAAUAAAUACAGAUCCUAUGAAAAGUCAGACUGGCUAUCUUGAUGUUGUGGUACCACCGGACAUAAUCGAUCACGAGACAAGCACUGACAUGAUUGUUAGAGAGGGUAGCAAUGUAACUCUACGCUGCUCAGCAACCGGGUCACCGUCUCCUAAUAUUACCUGGCGUCGUGAAGAUAGCAAGAUGUUCCUUGCAAAUGAUCAGAAAGUUAAAAGUGUCGAGGGAUCAUAUUUGCGGAUAAUCAAGGUUACUCGCGGACAUAUGGGAUCAUAUUUGUGCAUCGCAUCAAAUGGUGUGCCACCUUCCGUUAGUAAAAGGAUCAUGCUAAUUGUCCAUUUUUCGCCGAUGAUAUGGAUACAGAAUCAACUAGUUGGCGUGAGGCUGGGUCAAAAGAUGACACUCGAGUGUCUGUCAGAGGCAUACCCAAAGUCGAUAAAUUAUUGGACAAAAGAUACAGCGGAAAUAAUUGCUCAAGAUGGCAGAUAUGAGCCGGUUCUAGAAGAAACUGGGUACAAAAUCAUAAUGAAACUGACUAUUCGCUCUGUUUCCCCUGCCGACAUUGGUACAUACAAAUGUGUUUCCCGAAAUUCUAUUGGAGACACCGAUGGUACCAUCAAACUUUAUGAAAUCACAUCGGAUAACGAGCACGAUACAUAUGGUGACACUCACUACAGAGGAAAGCUCAGAAAGAAUUCGGGUAAUAAUUUGUUGGAUGGGGAUCAAGAUAUGCCGAAAGAACGAGACUUAAAGCUAUGGGGGCGGAAGGAUAACGUCGUAGACGGGGAUGAAGAUUAUGAAGAUUCAAGAUCGGGAUCUAAGUGCACUGCUUGGCAGUCGUCAUCAUUGCAUUGGUACUUUGCUUUCAUCAGCAUCCACAGCUGCAGUCUCUUCAUCCCGGUUGAGAGGAUAAACCUUCGCCUAACUUCCUUACUAAGUCAUUAGGAUCACCCAUCCUACCUCUUGUCGUCGACAAACGCGCGAAAGACGACUUAAGUAAUGGACAACCCGUUUAAAUCGGUAAUUUAAAAAUUAACGCUUAAUACUCUUAAGACACUGACGACAACCUUAAACUUUUUAGCAGGCU